AAAUGUCGCUUUGCCAACAAGUCGGUCGAAUAUUUUUGUUCUGUUCAGUGACAGAGAAGUUGUUUUUCCGAUUGAGUUACCGUAAAACGAUAACACGAGAAACACUCGUGUCAAUCAUCCUACACCAUGUACAUCAAACAGGUGAUUAUUCAGGGAUUCAAGUCGUAUCGUGAACAAACAGUAGUAGAACCUUUUGAUCCAAGACACAAUGUAGUAGUGGGAAGAAAUGGUUCUGGCAAGAGUAAUUUCUUUUAUGCAAUUCAAUUCGUUUUAAGCGAUGAAUUUUCCCAUCUCAGACCAGAACAGAGACAGGCUUUAUUGCAUGAGGGUACAGGGCCAAGAGUUAUUUCGGCACAUGUGGAAAUUAUAUUUGACAAUUCUGAUGGAAGAUUACCAAUUGACAAGGAAGAAGUAUACUUGAGGAGAGUGAUCGGCUCGAAGAAGGACCAAUAUUUCCUUAAUAAAAGAAUCGUAACCAGAAAUGAUGUAAUGAAUUUAUUAGAGUCUGCCGGAUUUUCACGUUCAAAUCCAUAUUAUAUUGUAAAGCAGGGAAAGAUAAAUCAAAUGGCAACAGCGCCUGAUUCUCAGAGACUUAAAUUGUUACGAGAAGUAGCUGGUACUAGAGUAUAUGAUGACAGAAGAGAAGAAUCAAAAUUUAUUUUAAAAGAAACAGAAGGAAAGCUGGAGAAGAUUCAAGACUUUUUACGAACAAUAGAGGAGCGUUUAAAAACGUUAGAAGAAGAAAAGGAAGAACUUAAAGAAUAUCAAUGCUGGGAUAAACAACGUCGCUGUUUAGAGUAUACGAUUCACGAACGUGAGCUUAAAGAGAAUAAAAGAAAGUUAGAAGAGCUGGAGAAGUCUAGGGCAAAUAGCGGCGCUGAGCAAGCACGUUUAGGCGCAGAAGCAAAAACUGCACAGGAAAUGGUAAGAGCUGCAACUAAACGCCUUAAGGAAGCAAAGAAGGAAGUGCAAACUGCUAAAGAAGAAAGAGAUACGCUCAGUGCUGAACAGCAACAGUUGUUAAAAGAAAAAACUAAACUGACAUUAACUAUUAAUGAUUUAUUGGAAGAAGUGAAAGGGGACAAUGACAGCAGGAAACGUGCACAGCAGGAAAUAUGAUGUUGAAUAAAUUUGUAUAAUGAAGUUAUUAAUUAACAAUCUAUUUUGUACGAGGAAAUGAAACGUGUAGAAGAGGAGUGUACACGCGAGUUACAAUUAAAAGAGCAAAAACGAAAAGAAUUGUAUGCGAAACAGGGACGCGGCAGCCAAUUCACUAGCAGGGAUGAGAGAGAUAAGUGGAUACAAAACGAACUUAAGCAACUUACCAAACAAAUAAAAGAUAAGGAAGAGCAUCAAAGAAAAAUUAGCGAAGACUUAAAGAAGGAUGCGGAGAAACAAAUUGUCUUAGAGAAAAAAAUCGAAGAGCACACGCGUGAAAUGGAACAACAAAGAGCAUCGAUAGAUGAACACAACAAGCAAUAUUAUGAGCUAACUAAAGCAAAGGACCAGUGUCAAGCCACUCGAAAAGAACAAUACCGACAAGAAAGCGUAUUACAACUUAAUUUAUCGGGACUCAAAGAAGAUUUGGCGAAAGCGGAUCAGAGCUUGCGAUCUAUGGCUGGAAAACCUAUUCUAAACGGGCGAGAUAGCGUGCGAAAAGUGCUGGAUACGUUUCGAACACGCACUGACAUGGUCCAUGAGGUGAGUAGCUAUUAUGGGCCUGUGAUUGAGAACUUCAGUUGCGAGAAGAAUUUUUAUAUGGCUGUAGAGGUGACCGCUGGAAAUCGAUUGUUCCAUCACAUCGUGGAAACAGAUAAAUUCGGAACGAAAAUCUUGAAAGAAAUGAACAAUCAACGACUUCCGGGAGAAGUAACAUUUAUGCCUUUGAAUCGAUUACACGUAAAAGAUAUGGAUUAUCCAAAAACGCCUGACGCUAUGCCUAUGAUAUCAAAAUUGGAAUACGAUGAGAAAUACGAUAAAGCUUUGAGAUAUAUUUUUGGAAAAACAUUAAUUUGUCGUAACUUAGAAACUGCGACAAAUCUAGCCCGCACUUCUGGUUUAGAUUGCGUAACUCUAGAAGGUGACCAAGUAUCAUCAAAAGGAUCAUUAACGGGUGGAUACUUUAACACAUUAAGGUCACGCUUAGAAAUACAAAAGACUAGGUCGGAAUUAAUGGCACAGAUUGCAUCCCUUGAAUCUCAACUGACAACUCUUAAAGACGAGAUCAGGAAGGCAGACCAAAAUAUUAGUUCUUACGUUAGUGAAAUGCAGAGAACCGAGACUAAAAAUAGUAAAGCUAAAGACGUGUACGAUAAAAUGAAAGCUGAAAUACGACUUAUGAAGGAAGAAUUGAGUGCAAUAGGAAGAUACCGUACACCAAAAGAAAGAAGCCUUGCCCAAUGUACAUCGAGUUUGGAAGCGAUGCGUGCAACGAAAGAAGGUUUAGAAAGCGAAUUACAUCAAGAACUCAUGGCACAACUAUCUGUUGCUGAUCAACGCCAGGUGGAUACAUUGAAUGACGAUAUAAGACGUUUAACGAAAGAUAAUAAAGAAGCAUUUGCUAAACGUAUGAGACUAGAGGCUGAGAAAAAUAAAUUGGAAAACCUGUUGACCAACAAUUUAGUUAGGAGGAAAGAUGAACUGGUACAGGCCCUGCAAGAGAUAUCAGUAGAAGAUCGUCAACGUCAAUUAGAAUCGUCAAAAGCACAAUUAGCGGAUAUUGAAAAGAGGCUAGUGAAAGUGAAUGCAGACUUUAAGGCUCAGAAUGAACGAGUUACUAACGCUAUAAAGAAGCAAAAAGCAGAAUCUGCAGAAGUUGAGAAGUGGAAGGUAAAAGAAAAGGAAGCACAAGAAAGGAUAGAAGCUGAUGCUAAGGAUCUAGAAAAAUUGGCCAGCAAAUUGAAUAUCUUGCAACAAAAAAUAGUAGAAUGUACACAAAAAAUCACAGAACUUGGUGCACUGCCUAGUCACGAAGUAUAUUCUAAGUUUAGCGCUAUGUCUACCAAGCAGUUGUUCAAAGAAAUGGAAAAAGCAAAUAAUCAUUUAAAAAAAUAUAGUCAUGUAAAUAAAAAAGCAUUAGAUCAGUUCAUGUCAUUCAGCGAUCAAAAAGAAAAACUUGUAAAAAGAAAAGAAGAGUUGGACAGAGGAGAUGAGAAAAUUAAAGAAUUGAUGUCUGUACUGGAGCAACGUAAAUGUGAAGCUAUACAAUUUACUUUUAAACAAGUAAGCAAAUAUUUUAGCGAGGUGUUCAAAAAACUUGUUCCAUCGGGUCAUGCACAAUUAGUUAUGAAGACGGCGGAUGGCGAGGAGGGAGACGACACAACGACGGAAUCGGCUGAAUCUGACAGGUUUAUCGGAGUUGGUAUACGAGUCUCUUUCACCGGUCACAGAGCUGAAAUGCGAGAAAUGAAUCAAUUAUCUGGUGGACAAAAAUCAUUGGUAGCAUUGGCGUUAAUAUUCGCAAUCCAAAAAUGCGAUCCCGCGCCGUUUUACUUGUUUGAUGAAAUUGAUCAAGCUCUGGACGCGCAACACAGAAAAGCUGUAGCAGAUAUGAUUCAUGAACUUAGUUCCGAUGCCCAAUUUAUCACAACAACGUUCAGACCAGAAUUACUACAACACGCGAACAAAUUUUACGGUGUCAAAUUCCGAAAUAAAGUAUCUCACGUUGUUUGCGUGACGCGAGAAGAAGCAGCCGACUUUGUAGAAGAUGACACAACGCACGGUUAAUAUAGACUAUACGUUAGUUAUAAAUCAUAAUCGGUCUGGAAGCGGUUAUUUUUCUUAAAACUGAACGAUUUUAUGGCGUGUAAAUUACCCGGGCUAUUAUCAUUAUUAAUCAUUUAUACAAAAACCUUUUUCAAAAUUGUAUGUUUAUCGCAUUAAACAAGGAAUGCUUUCGACUUCGUAUGAAAACGGCAUAUUUUAUUAUGUUAGUGUACCUGUGCGUAGAGAACAAUGAACAAUAAUUUUAACUCCACAUUAAUGGGUUUAUAAUUCUAUUAAUUUAUGUACAUUGAACAUGUGUUGCUCUACUUUAUAUUCCUUGAUUGUUAGGAGAGCCGUACGCGUGCGAUACUCGAAUUCAGUAGUUAUACUUUGCGAAAGAGAAAUUGGCGGAUAAAACGAAGUAGCUAUGUAAAUAAUUCACUAGUGAUGUAAGUGGAUAAAGAAAGUUUUUAUUUUAUUAA